UACGUCCAUAAUUGUAUGUACUCCAAGUAGGAGGAAAUAUAGCUUCAAGCCACUGUUGUGUUGUGUUGCUCCAAGAUCAAUGCCCUGAUUGUUUACUUAAGCAACUCCCAAAUCCACAAGAAUGAUCACAGAAGCUUCUCAUUUCAGAUCAGCAGAUUUCAGGCCAGGCCUGCAGCAAAGGCUUCCUCUUCGUGGUAUUAGCCGUUGCUACGGAAACGCAAUUGUCUCCAGAUUCUGAUUCUAUAUGGCAGCCUAUGGAAGACAUUACUGGAAGUUGUGAGCGUCAGUUACAGCUUUUCAGAGACGUCCCUUGGGCUUACCAAAUGAGUGAUAAAGAACAAUGACCGAUAACAUUGACUGGUUACAGAGCCAAAGUGGACUGUGCAAAGUCGAUCGUUAUACUCCCACCGAAGAGGGGGAAAAGACCUGGACAACUGACUCCGCCAAACUUUUCCAGCAAACUGCCUCCGACCCACUCAAAGUCUUGAGCUGGCUCCGGAAAGAUCUGGAAAAGUGUGCAGUCGGGCUCCAGAAUGUGCUGAAUUCCAGUAACAACGCAGGGGGCGCCAGUUCAAAAGACCCGUCGGCAAGUGCGAGGCAAGCCAUGCCGCAGCGCAAGUCGCGUUCCCCUGGCGGCUACAGCAUGUGCGAUGAGGAGUUUAGCAUGAACGUCAGCUCCAACCGGGGGUCUCCCAACUUCCACAUGGCGAUGAAGGCUUCUUGCCAAAAGGAGUCAAGGGACGAGGAAAGUGACAGGUCUCCUUCGCCAAACAGGAAUCCUGACCCCGACGAAGUCUCUUAUUAUUGCAAUAGGCUUUCCAACCUUGCCAUAGCAAUGGCGCGCAAGGAAAUGAACGAGAAUGCAGAUGGAAACACAUGUAUCCACAAGACCAUUUUUACGGCAGCCGGGGACCACGGCCACAGGUCUGUCGGGGUGGGUGCAGAGGAGAAGCACAAACCAUCCAAGAUGGGAGAAUGCAAAUAUGAAGGGAGCCCCACAACGAAGCACAGGACCAUGUAUUACAAAGAGGAGAAUACGGAAAUACCUAAUAGAAGUGAACCAUGCAGAGAAGGGACUAGAGGUGGCCACCAUCGGAAACGCAUGGGCCAUGACGAGUAUACCAACUCCCUGAGCAAAGGCAUACUGGUUUAUGCCAACAACGUUGUUUCAGAUAUGAUGGUUUCCGUCAUGAAGACGAUGAAAGUUAAAGUGAACGAUUCCAACAUUGCGUGUGCAGUCCUGAAAAAGGUACUACUGAAGCAUUCAAAGGAGGUGGUCUCUGACCUGAUAGACUCCUGCAUGAAAAACUUGCACGAUGUCACAGGGACCCUCAUGACCGACUCCGACUUCGUUUCGGCGGUGAAACGGAGCCUCUUCACCCAAGGAAGCCAGAAGGUGUCUGAGAUUGUCCAAGCUAUGCUGAAUCGUUUGCAUAGCGCCUUGAUUGUGCAAAAGCACGCGGCCGACAAGCCCAGGUCCCAAAGCAUGGCCUUUGCGAGUGUCAAGACGGGGGGAGGGGCUCAGGGGAAGUCUCAGAACAUGAGGUUUUCUGCUGCGAAAACAGAAAUGCGUAAAGAAAAAGAAACAACUUGUGCCGAAACGGUUGGAGACAACAUCCUGAAGGAGGGCCUCACCUUCUGGCAGAAAAAGAAUGACCCCGGAGGAUCUAAUUUGCAGUCAUCCAAGGCCAUCCAAGGUGGCGCCCUCUGGAAUCCAGACAGCCAGGACUCCACCACAGAUUCUUGGGCAAGAGACUUGAUUGUGACAGCGCUGCUUCUGAUACAAUAUCAUCUAGUACAGCAGGAGAAUGCCAUGAAGGAAGGAGAAGGUGGCCGGUCCAGCAGGGCAGGUGGGACAUUUGGCUUUCUGUCCCAUGAGAAAGGUGGUGGUGGCUCCCCCCCAAUUUCAGGGAGAUUGGGUGACCAAACCAAGCAAAGUGACGACGAACAGUCAGAGGUGAAUGCCGAAAAUGACAUGUCUAGUGUGAUAGUGACUGUUAUCCAGAAGCUUAUCAAUGAGACGGUUAACAAAUUAGGAGGAAACACAGGGGGUAUGAUGGCCGAAGAAGUGAGCAGGAACCCCUGCAAAUAUGAUGGACCCGGGCCAUCUGGCCUCUCGGAAACAGACCAUUCGUACGAUGGAGCCAUCUCCGGACUUACCAAAAUGAUUCUGGAUCAAUUUGACAUUGACAGGCAGGAAGGAGGCAGUGGCCCCUUCAUUGAGCACCUGGUCGAUACAGUUACAAAGCUGUGUCUCAUGAUAGCCAAAUACAGCAAUCCUGAGGCAGGUAUUGGAGACAUAGGAGAUGAAGAAGAUGCCAGUGGCACAAUGUAUUUCAAGGGCUCGGAGACAGGGGAAAGCCGUGUCGGGUCCGGCGAAGACUCUGUAUCUGGUCGCAAAGUGGUUGUGACCAACCAGAACGCUCCAGAGAACGUGCACCACAAACAGCUCCAAGCCAUCCUUCAGUGGGUGGCGGCCUCACAGUUAAACGUGCCUGUGUUGUACUUCAUGGAUGAUGAUGAAGACACCCUGAAUAAGCUUCAACAGCUCUCCUCCUUGGCGGUGGAAAGGGGCUACAGCGUUGGGGAAGUCAUGCAAGCCGUGUUGAAAUACGAGAAGGAACGACAGCUGGGGGAGGCCCUGGGCAACUUUAUGCGGUUGCCAGUAUUAGACUGGCUGCUCGAGAACCUGUGAGUGCCACGGCCCCUCCUCUCCAACGGCAAAGGCUUCUCCGCCGCCGCCCACAGCCGCGUCUGUUGCAAGUACCACGGCACUCAUUUGUCAGAGAUGAUAUUGUGAGUUUUAGUGACCCCACCCCUG